CGGCUGCAGGGCAGAGAGCGGGGAGUAGAAAAAAAAGAGAGAAAUAUUUCAUCAAUUAAAAGGGUUUCUUUUGACUCGGCGCAUUUUUUGGUUCAUUUCCACCACGAACAGCUGAUAUAAGAUGGAAAAUGAACGAUGAGGGGCUCCUUAAUUGAGCUGCGAUGAACAGCCAUCUACAUUUCCAGUAAUGUAUCGACUUCUGCUCAUGAAUGAGCUCUGCCAAUAAAUUCCCAGGACUUGAGCCUGCCAUAAGGGUGUUGGAUGCGUUGGAAAAAGAUUGUUACAGGGUGCAGCUAACUGACUGAAUCAUGGCUCAGUUUCCCACGCCCUUUGGAGGGGGGCUGGACACGUGGGUUAUCUCUGUGGACGAGAGAGCCAAACAUGAUCAACAGUUCCAUAGCCUGACCCCCACACCUGCUGGCUUCAUCACAGGUGACCAGGCCAAGAAUUUUUUCCUGCAGUCAGGCUUACCUGCCCCUGUUCUGGCCCAGAUAUGGGCUCUAGCCGAUAUGAACAACGAUGGCAAGAUGGAUAUGCACGAGUUCUCCAUCGCCAUGAAGCUAAUCAAGCUGAAGCUGCAAGGCCACCCGCUGCCCCCGACCCUGCCCCCUUCCAUGAAGCAGCCGCCUCUCUCUUUACCUCCUCCAGCUCCUUUUGGAAUGCCCAGUAUCGGCCCCAUGACAGGUUUACCAGCAGUGCCACCCAUGCCCCUCCCACCUCUUCCUCCUGGGGUACCAGGGAUGGGCAUGUCACCCCCAUUGGUGUCGUCUGUGACUCCUCCUGUACCUCCUAUGGCCAAUGGAGCCCCUUCGAUGAUGCAGCCCAUAUCAGGCUUUUCACACCCAGCCAACAAAAGCUCUUCUUUCAGCCGCACCAGUGCCAAACUUCCCAAAGGCCAGUCUUUUGAGACACCGAGUGCUCCUGCGGCCCCUGCACCCACUGAUUGGGCCGUGCCCCAGUCGUCACGGCUAAAGUAUCGCCAACUCUUCAACAGCCAUGACAAGAUGAUGAGCGGCCAUCUUACAGGACCACAGGCUAGAACUAUUCUCAUGCAGUCCAGUCUACCACAGGCCCAGCUGGCUACCAUUUGGAACCUAUCGGACAUUGACCAGGACGGAAAGCUCACAGCUGAGGAGUUCAUUUUGGCUAUGCACUUGAUUGACAUGGCCAUGUCUGGCCUGCCCCUCCCACCUCUGCUGCCACCUGAACUUCUUCCCCCGACCUUCAGGUCAGAGUCAUCACCUGAAAGGAACACAUCAUUUUACAUGAGGGUGCGUUCUGGAAGUGGUGUCAGUAUGACCAGCAUACAUCCUACAGAUCAGCGAGUCCAGGAAGAGUCUGCAGAAGAAGAAGAGAAAGAGCCAGAUAAAAAGCUUCCAGUCACUUUUGAGGACAAGAAGCGGGAGAACUUUGAGCGAGGCAACCUGGAGCUGGAGAAGCGGCGACAGGCCCUGCUGGAGCAGCAGCGUAAGGAGCAGGAGCGUCUAGCGGCUCUCGAGCGCGAGGAGCAGGAACGCAAGGAGCGAGAACGCCAGGAGCAGGAGCGGCGUCGACAACAGGAGCUUGAGAAGCAGCUGGAAAAGCAACGGGAGCUGGAGAGACAGCGUGAAGAGGAGCGGCGCAAGGAGAUCGAGAGGAGAGAGGCCGCAAAGCGGGAACUGGAGCGGCAGCGGCAGCUGGAGUGGGAGAGGAACCGCAGACAGGAGCUACUGACACAGAGAAACCGGGAACAGGAGAACAUAGUCCUGCUCAAAGCGCGCAAGAAAACCCUGGAGUUUGAACUGGAGGCUUUGAAUGAUAAGAAGUCUCAGCUGGAAGGGAAGCUGCAGGACAUCCGUUUCCGUCUGUCCACUCAGAGGCAGGAGAUUGAGAGCACUAAUAAGACGCGGGAGCUCCGUAUCGCUGAGAUCACCACACUGCAGCAGCAGCUCCAGGAGUCUCAGCAAUGGCUGGGGAGGCUGAUUCCUGAUAAACAGUGUCUGAAUGAUCAGCUGAAGCAGGUGCAGCAGAACAGCCUACAUAGGGACUCACUGUCCAACCUGCAGAAGGCUGUGGAGAUGAAGGAGGCGACCAGACAGCAACUCCGCGAGCAGCUGGAAGCCGUGGAGAAAGAGACACGCUCCAAACUGCUGGAGAUAGAUGCGUUUAAUGCACAGCUGAAGUCCUUGGGCUUGUUCUAUCAGGUCCACACUGUCCGGAUAGAGCGCCUUCGACUGGAACUACUACUUCAGGAGCAGAGAGGGCGACAGACAGGUGCAGAGAAGUGUGGGCAAACAGAGUUGAAGGAACUCAGGGAGAUCCACAACAAGCAGCAGCGGCUAAAGCAAAAGGAGUUGCAGCCUCCACUGGACGCCAAACCUGCAGAGCUGCAGGAGAGCAGAAUUAUGGGUUCUGAUGACAGCGUGUCUCCUGCCUGGCGGGACUCUACGUUAGCGAAGGACCCCACACCGCCAGCCUCCGAACCCUGGGUCAGCCACCUGGGAGAGGAAGAGAGCCAAAGCUCUAGAGGAGAUGUGCAGGACAAAUUGUCCAAGCUGUUCCUGCAGCAGCCAGAGCCAAACAAACAGCUGGGGCAAUCACCCUGGCCCACAGGAGAUAAGGUGUCCAUGUCUGGUUUUAACCAGGAGAAGGUAAGAGUGGUGUACUACAGAGCACUUUACCCUUUCGAGGCCCGCAGUCAUGAUGAGAUCAGCAUCCAGCCUGGAGACAUAGUCAUGGUGAAAGGGGAGUGGGUGGACGAAUCUCAGACGGGCGAACCUGGCUGGUUAGGAGGAGAGAUCAAAGGAAAGACCGGCUGGUUUCCUGCUAACUAUGCAGAGAAGAUUCCAGAAUCUGAAGUCCCUCUCAAUCUGAGAGGCAGCGCCUUCGCCUCCAAGCUGAGUACACAGAUCACCCCCACCCCCACCUCGACCACGCCCACAGCCAUGCAGCCUGUCACCACAGAGACAGUGGCGGCUGCUCCGCCCCCUACAGCUCCAGCUGCUCCAGCCGCUGCCUCCUCGUCCUCAUCUGCUUCUAGUAACUGGGCAGAUUUCAGCACUACAUGGCCAACGAACUCUGUGGUGGAGAAGCAGGAUGCUGACGGUUGGGAGGCAUGGCCAACCCAACCAACGCAGCCCUCUCUUUCUGUACCAACUGGAGGGCAAGGCCGACAACGCUCAGCCUUCACUCCUGCCACUCUCUCUGGCUCCUCCCCCUCACCUGUGCUUGGACAGGGGGAGAAGGUGGAGGGGAUGCAGGCACAGGCUCUGUACCCGUGGCGAGCGAAGAAGGAUAACCACUUGAAUUUCAACAAGAGUGACGUAAUCACCGUACUGGAGCAGCAGGAUAUGUGGUGGUUCGGCGAAGUGCAGGGCCAGAGAGGCUGGUUCCCCAAAUCUUACGUCAAACUCAUUUCUGGACCCGUGCGCAAGUCGAUGAGCAUUGAGUCAGGAUCCUCCGAUAGUCCACCCACCAUAAAGAGGCCCAGCCCUACUCCUAACAAACCCAUGGAGCUUGGCGAAGAGUACAUAGCGAUGUACACAUAUGAAAGCAGCGAGCAGGGUGACCUGACCUUCCAGCAGGGUGAUGUCAUCACAGUGCUGAAGAAAGAGGGAGACUGGUGGACGGGAACAGUAGGAGGCAAGACGGGUGUUUUCCCUUCCAAUUACGUCAAGCCCAAGGACUCUGAGGGCCUGGGGCCUGCUGGGAAAUCUGGAAGUUUGGGAAAGAAACCAGAGAUCGCUCAGGUGAUUGCCCCCUACACUGCCACUGGGUUAGAGCAGCUGACUCUAGCACCUGGCCAGCUCAUCCUCAUCCGCAAGAAGAACCCCGGGGGCUGGUGGGAGGGAGAACUACAGGCCAGAGGAAAGAAGCGUCAGAUUGGCUGGUUCCCAGCUAAUUAUGUGAAACUCUUAAGCCCAAGCACCAGUAAGACCACACCCACUGAACCAACUCCACCCAAACUGCCUACACCAAAUGCAGUGUGCCAGGUGAUCGGCAUGUACGACUACACGGCUCAGAACGAUGACGAGUUGCCCUUUGGGAAGGGACAGAUCAUCAACGUGCUGAGCAGGGAGGAUCCUGAUUGGUGGAAAGGCGAGCUGAACGGUUCCAUCGGUCUUUUCCCUUCCAACUAUGUGAAACUGACCACCGACACAGACCCCAGCCAGCAAUGGUGUGCUGACCUCCACCUGCUGGAUAUGUUGACCCCGAUGGAGAGGAAAAGGCAAGGUUACAUCCACGAGCUCAUUGUCACCGAGGAGAACUACGUCAACGACCUGCAGUUAGUCACUGAGACCUUCCAGAAGCCUCUGCUGGAGUCGGAGUUGCUGACUGAGAAGGAGGUGGCCAUGAUUUUUGUCAACUGGAAGGAACUCAUCAUGUGCAACAUCAAAUUGCUGAAGGCGUUGCGGGUAAGAAAGAAGAUGUCGGGUGAGCGCAUGCCUGUGAAGAUGAUUGGUGACAUACUGACAGCGCAACUGCCCCACAUGCAGCCCUACAUCCGCUUCUGCAGCUGUCAGCUCAACGGUGCUACCCUCAUCCAGCAGAAGACAGACGAGGUGCCCGACUUCAAGGACUUUGUCAAGAGGUUGGCCAUGGAUCCUCGCUGUAAAGGAAUGCCUUUGUCUAGUUUCCUGCUCAAACCCAUGCAGAGAGUCACCCGCUACCCUCUUAUCAUCAAAAAUAUUCUGGAAAACACUCCGGAAAGCCACCCGGACCACAGCCACUUGCGGCAGGCUCUGGAGAAGGCCGAGGAGCUCUGCUCGCAGGUGAACGAGGGCGUGCGCGAGAAGGAGAACUCGGACCGCCUGGAGUGGAUACAAGCGCACGUGCAGUGUGAGGGGCUGUCUGAGCAACUGGUAUUCAACUCGGUGACCAACUGCCUGGGCCCUCGCAAGUUCCUUCACAGUGGGAAGCUCUACAAGGCCAAGAGCAACAAGGAGCUCUAUGGCUUCCUCUUCAACGAUUUCCUGCUUCUAACGCAGGUCACCAGGCCACUGGGCUCCUCGGCUUCCGACAAAGUGUUCAGCGCCAAGUCUCAUCUGCAGUAUCGCAUGUAUAAAACGCCCAUCUUCCUGAACGAGGUUCUGGUGAAGCUCCCUACUGAUCCCUCUGGAGACGAGCCCAUCUUUCAUAUAUCACACAUAGACAGAGUGUACACCAUACGGGCAGAGAGCAUCAAUGAGAGGACCGCAUGGGUGCAGAAGAUCAAGGCUGCCUCUGAGCUCUUUAUUGAGACAGAGAAGAAGAAAAGGGAGAAAGCUUAUCUGGUGCGGUCUCAGAGAGCUACAGGCAUUGGUAGGCUGAUGGUCAACAUUGUAGAAGGCAUUGAGUUGAAACCCUGCCGCUCUCAUGGUAAGAGUAAUCCAUACUGUGAGGUGACAAUGGGCUCACAGUGUCACAUCACUAAGACAAUGCAGGACACACUGAACCCCAAGUGGAACUCGAACUGCCAGUUUUUCAUCAAAGACCUGGAACAGGAUGUGCUGUGUGUAACCGUGUUCGAGAGGGACCAAUUCUCACCUGAUGAUUUCCUGGGCAGGACAGAGAUUCGGCUGGCGGACAUUAAAAAGGAUCAGGGUUCGAAAGGUCCGAUCACUAAGAGGCUUCUCUUACACGAGGUCCCCACAGGAGAGAUAGUGGUCAGACUCGACCUGCAGCUAUUCGACGAACCCUGACCCUCGUGAACUUUGACCUCCUCCACCCUAGAUUCCAUACUUCCUCCUGUACUGUGUUACCAGCCUAAUGUGACAAUCCCACAGCACUCUACACCACGCCCCCUUGUGUGUGUGUGUGUGUGUGUGUGAAUAUGUGUGAGUGUGUCUGAAUGUGUUAGAGAGAGAGGAAGUACGAGGGGAUGGAUGUUAGUCUCUGAGUAAGCUGUAACAGUCUUAAGCAAUCUUUCAGUUUCUUUUUUUUUUUUUUUUUUUUUUAUUUCACUUGAACAAAUAUUGUGGUUUACAGAUGUGUAUUAAAGGGAUACUCCGGUGUUCCUCAGCGUAAUGUCUAUCCACAGCGUGUGUAGUGUGUGUGAGACUUCCACAGACAAACGUUUUGGUGCAUUUCUCUGUAGUGAGAAAGAAAGAAACACUGUUUACUCAAAACUCACUUAUAAUGGAAGUGUAAGGGCACUAGGUGUAAAAUGUGUGACUAUAUGACACAUUCGAAACUACAGCUGUUGGAGUCUAACACUAAAGGUUUAUAACAAAACAGACUUGAGAGAAAAUUCUCACAAAAGUUGUUUGCAUUGUUUUGUAGUUUGCAAUAGUGUAUGUUGAGCAGGUACAAACACAAUAAAUAACAACACCAUUAAAAAAAAAAAAAAAACAGCCCUCUCUCAUCUCUCUAGUGGAGGCCAGUUAUGAACUGGAGGGAUGUAGCUGAGGUUGAAGAGGUCUUAGUAGUAAGGUUCAUAGUUUAAAAAAAAAAAAAAAAAAGACCCCCUGGAAUAAAGACUUGGAGAACUAAAAAGAUACAGAUAGUGUCAUUGUGUUACACCCCUAGUGUCUUAUUUACACAUAAUGUAGACACAUACAUGUAGAGCAUUAUUUACAAAUACCUUUGAGUGAAGAUUUCCUAAAAUAUGUCUUUCACAUAAACUUUUAUUGACCUAACAGCUGCCCUUAAACUUCCGUUAUAAGAGAGAUUUGUUUAAUUUUUGUCCUUUUCUCACUACAGUGAAAUGUGUCAUAAUUCUGAUCUGUGGUAAUCCUACACAGCCUACAGAUUUGGUGGAUAGAUAUUAUGUUGUAAAAUGCUGGAUUACUCCUUUAACAGUCAUGGUAGCCCGAGCAUUGACAUAGUCGUAAUGAAUUUGUCUACAUGAAUGGUAUGCUGGCCAAAACUAGCUUGGGUUUAUGACAGGGGCUGAUUUUGCUCACAGCAAACAAAUUCUCUCAACUGUAUGAGCUUAAAAAUGUGGAUUAUAUUGUACAUUAUUUGUUUUGCAAUUUGUUCUUGAGCAAAUAUCCCAGUAGAGUGUUUUACUCUGUAGUUGGCAUUGCCAGUUCAGUUGUAGAACUUAGAGACAUAUUCUAGAAUGAAUUAAGCUCUAGAAUGCAGAGGCAUGUUCUAAAAAUGAAUUCAGAGGUAGGUUUAAAAAUGAUUUGAGUUCUAGAAUGAUAGAGAGGUAUGUUCUAGAAUGAAUUUCAAAUCACUGAGAUAGUCAAAGACUGAAGCAUUGUGCCAAUUCGUAAAAGGCACAUAUAGAUAUGGUGUAUAAUAAUUUUUUUUUUUUUUUUUUUAAUGCAACUACAAAAUAUUUGACUCCAGAGAUCUGCUGUAUUGGGCUGUUUGUCAGCAGAAAAAGCGUGAACGCUCCAGUCUUAUUUUGCCACCAUAUGUUGUGCUGUUUUAUUUAUCCUUCGAUCUGUAUUCUAAAAGGUGUCACAUAAUCAGCAGGCUGGUUUUGGGAAAAUGUUAUUAAGAUUGCAAUCAUGAUGUGAUGUUUAACCAUCAAUAUUCAGCUCUAGCUGUAUUUUUUAUUCCUCUGUUCUCUUUAGAAAAAAAGGUUCCUCAAGGGUUCUCCUGGUGGUUAAUGACCUAGACCUUCAGAGCUGAAGGUGAAAUGUGCGAGAAGGGCGGUGAACAUUUGAUUAACAAAGUGACCAAGACUGAUUACUGAAGUUAAUUCCUAACCAUGUAUAAGCAUUUUUUUUAACGUAUUGUAGAAAUACCACUGGAUUUUAAUCCUUAGAGCUACUUUUAUUGCUAAUCCAGCAUUAUUUACCAUCAUGUUCCUCCACUAUUAGUGUCAAAUACUUCUGAAAUGCUGUAAAUGCAGAGCCAAUGAUGAGUACAGAAUUGUUUUCUGUCUUAUUGUCCCUUUUCAUGGGUUUCAUUUUGCUACACAAAGUAAGCUAUUUAACACUGAGUAAUAUUUAUUAUCAAUUUUGUAUUACUAAUGUGUUUCCUUUUUUUUUUCAGAUAUUAUUUUUACUGUCCAGUCCUUCCUUUAAACGAUGAGACCUGCUUAGAGCGUAGCAGUUAGACAGUAGAGGUUAACACUGUAAUUGGAUUAUAUUUGUAAAGAUGAGAAAUAUCAGGGUGUGUUUCAUAGUGCAUGUGUUUCUUUUCUUUGAGCUGUAAAUGGAAUAUAGUGGUACAGGGCAGGAGAAUACAGGAAGUUGUAUUACAUAGAAGUGAUGUGCAUAAAUGGUGUAUUUUCAAGAGAUCAGAGAUCAGGACAGAUGAUUUUCUCCCACAUUGUGUUUCGUGAAAACAAAAAUAUGGCACUGGUUCUUCAGAAUAUAUUUCUACAUUUCAUUAUUGUUAUUAUUAUUAUUUUCAUUCUGGGAUUUGAAAGUGAAUAGUUUGGAUGGAUGGGUGAGAAUGGUAGCAUUACUAAACUGAGAAGAUUAAAGUCAAGUGUGUGUGUGUGUGUGUGUGUGUGUGUGGAUGUGUGUGUGUGUGUGGACGUGUGCAUGUGAUAAAUAUUUUGUUUAGAGGACAUUGAAGGGUUACCUUUACCUUUUUCUCUCCCUGUCCUUGCAUCUCUCUGUCCCUCAUAACCCUCUCUCUCUCUCUCUCCCUCUCUCUCUCUCUGUCUCUCUCUGUCUCUCUCUCUCUGUCUCUCUCUCUCUGUCUCUCUGUCUCUCUCUCUCUGUACAUUAUGAACCUGUAGGCUCUUCCCCUGUAUUUUUUACCAAGUCCCAAUGAGUCGACGGUACCGUAUGUGUUUGUGUUUAAAUCUUUGAAAGGAGUAUAAUAUAUUAUGACUUGAAUAAUUAUGUUGAUGACAGCAUAUUGUUAUCAAUGUAGAAGCAGUGUAUUGUCUUAAACGUUGCAAUUAAAGCUCAGUUGGACCAAGAAAUAA